UUGAUUGAAUUUUUUUUCCCCUUUCAUUGUUCUGAUUUUGAUUUCAUUAACUCUGAUUUGUGUUGAAAUGAUUAGGAUGAGUAAUAGGGAUUUUCCUAAUUUGGGGAUUGUAGAAAGCUAGAGCUAAUCAGAAAAGCUAAAAAAACAGAUUGUAUAAAGCUACACUGUUUUUACCUGAAGUAGUAAAAAUUCAAACCAAAAUUUUAUGAAAUUUGAUUUAAAAUUUUUCCAGAUUGGGUAAUGUAGUCAAGUAAGAAAGUCUGAUGGUUUGUAGAGUGUUUUUUUCUUUUUUUUUUUCCUUUCCGUUUUUGUUUUGUUCUAACUAUGCAUCUCUUUUCAAGUUCAAACUCUAUGUUUUCAUUUUGAAAAUACAUCUUUGCCUGAAAGAAAUGUCAUGUUUCGAAUGUCUAACCAAGCAUUCUAUAAGACGUUUGAAUCAUUUUCGUCACUGCAUUUUUCAGUUUCUCUUCUCAGUUAGUAUGUUAGAUUAGCGUGAGUCUCAUCUCAUCCCCUUGCAUAUUGGACACCUACAAUUACAUGGUAUUCAGCUGAUGGUUUGAAUACCAUGUAAGUGCAGAGGGAGAGGGCUACAAAAUAUGGAAGAAGUUGAAUCUCAGAUAGACUGUUUUGCUUAGACGAAAUUCAUCUUUGCUUCUUAAUUCUGUCACGAUAUGGUGGGGUUUUUGUUCCUUUUCUAUUAAACCGUUAACAUUUUGCCUAGUCUAGAAAGUCAUACCAGGCUGCAAAGGUGUAGGUGCGAUGAAGCCUCAUCUGGUUGGUGAGGUUUUGUUUGUUUUGUUUAUUAAACCAUUAACAUUUGAUUUCGCCUAGACUGGUAUGACUUUCCAGACUAGGCGAAAUGUUAAGGGUAUUAUAGACAAAAGGAAUAAAACCCAACUUACCAGAAUAGGCUUCGUUGAAAUUACACCCUUGCAGUCCUCAUUCAUUUUGUUUUCUCUAUAGAGGUUACUCUAGGAGUAGUGCUCACAAAGGAGAAUACAAACUGUAGGUAGGGUACUGCUAUUUUAAACAUUUUUGCUAGACAAAUUAGGGAUAUGAUCAACAUCAUGCCCCUUUGGGUUUGCAGUGUCAUAAAUUCAUGUUUGCCAGCUGCAUGUAAGGGGUGACAUUUUGUUUAUUAGAACCCAAAAUUGUUGCGAAUUUGUACAAGUAGAACUGUUAGUUGUGGUUUUCAUCCGUGAUGGGUAGUUGAUGACCAAGAACUACACUUAAGCUUUCCACUGAUAAAUCUUAGGUACAAUUUUCUUUAUUUCGUCGAAUUAGAUGGUGUGGGUUUGUUCAUAAGAGUUAUGCUAAAUGCACCUGCAGCUGCCUUCUGCAAUGCCUUAGUGGAUCUAACCAUCCUGUUCAAUUAACUGUGUAACAAAGAACAAUAAGUGUUCAAUCUUAUCUUAAUAUCUCUUAAGAAAUGUGUUUUCUUUUUGUUUGUCCAUAGCUUUACCAGAUAUAAUUUUGAUUUCUUUAUCCCUGAUUAUGUACUUGCAAUGGCUAAUAAGCAAGGCCAUUGAUCUUGCUAAUAAAUACAACAUUAUGAUAUGCUUCGUGGUGAUCAAUUGACUAGGAAGCGUUCAGUGUUGUUGUUAAAUUUUAAGCAUACUCAUCUCAGAAUCAUGUUGCUGGAAACCUACAAUUCGGGUGUUCUUUUUUCUCUUGGUUUGUCCAUUAAGUACGGUUUCAGUCACAAAGUGCAUACUAAUUCCAGAAGAGAAACUUUCUUUUUGCUAUUUAGGCUGAAAGUACUCAAAUGUGACUGCACCUAAAAGUAAGGCCAGCUUAAGCCGGCAAUCCCCAGCAUUACUGGGAUCAAGAGAAAAAUAACCGCUAUUGGAGUUAAUGGGUUUGCUUUAUGUAGUUCGAAGAAGAAACCUCAAAAGGAAUGGAGCUGUGCUCUCUGUAAGGUAAGUGCCACCAGUGAGAAGGGUCUGGACUCCCACCUACAAGGUAGAAAGCACAAGGCCAGAGAACUAGGACUGAUGAGGUUUGGAGAUUGAAGGCUCUGGUGUGUCGAAGCACAGUGAUGAGCUAGACCUUGCAAAUGCCAGUAGCAGUUCAGCAUUAGGUGACGAGGGAAUAAAGAUUCCAGCGGAGAAGAUGAAUGAGGAAGAGGAAGACGAUGAGGCCGAACUGAAUAUGAAGGGAGUAGAGAACAAGGAUAUUGAGAGCUCCAUUACAUUUGCAGAGAAGCCAAAGAUCGAUAGUAGGUGUAAUCCAAUUGGUGGGGAAGUGCAUAUUGAGGGCUCCAUUACAUUGGCGGAGAAGCCAGAGGGGUCAAAGAUUAAUAGCAGGUGUAAUCCAGUUGGUGGGAAAAUGCCAGAGAUAGCUAUGAAGUCUGAAAACAAUGGGGAAGCGAUAUUGCAGAAAAAUCAGAAACCUGAAGAUGUAAAGAAAUUUUUUGAAUUCUGGUGCGAACGUUGUCAAAUAGGGUGCCGGAGUGCAAUUAAUAUGGCUGUCCAUGAAAAGGGAAAAAACACAUGGCUAGAUUUGGACAUUGAAGGAAGAUAAUGAGGAGGUUACGAAAAAUAUGAAGGCAGUGGUAAAGCAAAAGACAGAAGGUUUCAAGAAACAAUUCAAAUAUUGGUGUGUAAUGCCAGGUAGGCUGUAGAACUGAGAAAAUGUUAGUCAGUCAUGAGAAGGGCAGAAAACACAUGGCUCGAUUGCGGGUUGCAGAGCAAGAUGUUCACGCUGUUCAAGCCUCUGCGGCAGAAGCAGAAGCAGUUGAUGUUGUAAAUGAGCAGGCUACAGAAAAUGUUUAUGAGAAAGAGGACCUCCAGCCUCGACCACAACCAUUGCCGCGAUUACUGAUGCUACCGUUGAAAUGUCAAAUGUGAUAAUGAUGAACGAUAUUGAUGGGGAAGUUGAUGAAAAAAGAGAGCCUUUGAAGACCACCCCAACCGUCACAGCCAUUACUGCCGCUACUAGUGAAAUACCAGACGACGAAGUAAUGGUAAACGUUGGUGGGGAAGUAAAUGAACAAGAGGCUUUAGCCGACGCCUCAACCAUGACACCUGUUACUGGUGCUACUGGAGAAACGUCAAAUGAGGAAGUGAAGGAAAUUGUUGAUGGAGAUGUAAAGGAACAAGAGAUUUUUGUUGACAUCAAAACCAUACCCUUCAUUGCUGAUGCUACAUAUGAAAUGUCAAAUGAGGAAUUCAUGGAAAAUGUCGGAGGGAAAGGUAAUAACCAGGAGGCUUUAACCGCCUGUACCACCACCAUUACUGAUGCUACUUUAGAAGUGGCAAAUGAUGAAGGGAUGGACUUUCUUCUUCUGGAAGUAAAUGGAGAAAGGGAAAAUUUUGAAUUGAAUGCAAGCGCAAAAGACGUGGCAGAAGCGGAGGGAAAGUGAGUAGUUUGCUUUUCAACUGUGAAUACAUUUUGUUCUUAGUGUGAAUACAUUUUGUUCUGGGUAGGUGGAGUCCUGGAAAAGAUAAUAAAUUGAGGGAAUCCUAUAAAGAUACUGUUUCAAGUGAUGAAAAUUUUCUAAUCCUAUAGUAUUUCUAAUUCACUUAAACCUGUGAGGUGUUCAAGUUUACUAGAAAGAGAGUUGCCCUGGAGCCCUCCAGAUAAAUGUAAGCUACGAAGGGAAAUGAGGUGUUGGAUAUCCGCUGCUUCUGCUGUUAGUAAUGUUGGUAAUGAGGAAGAGGAACAGGAAGAGACUGCAGGUAAAUCGUUAGCAACGGUAUUGUGACAAAAGGCUCCAGCUCUAGUUCGUCGAUCAACAUUGGGAAGGUAUUUGAGGAGGUAUUGAAGAUGUUUUAAUGGAGUCCAUCCUUGGGCUUUGAAGACAAGUUAGUCUUCCUAAACCUCUUGGUCCAAAGAUUCCUAGAAGUACAAGAUGUUUCAAAUUUUAUUUGAACCGUUUUUUGGGACCAUGGUUCUACUUUGUGUAAAGAUAUUGGAAGUAAUUCUAGGUCACCUUAUAUCUAGUUAUUUAGUUAAUACCUAAUCUACCCUCCUAAUUAA